CCUGGGAACCCCAACCCCAGGGGCAGCCAGCCCAUCAACCUGAACCACUACGCCACCAAGAAGAGCGUGGCCGAGAGCAUGCUGGACGUGGCCCUCUUCGUGUCCAACGCCACACGACUGAAAGCGGUGCUGGAGCAGGGGCCGUCCGCCCACUACUACACCACCCUCGUCACCCUCAUCAGCAUCUCUCUGCUGCUGCUCGUGGUCAUUGGCAUCCUGCUUGUGGUCAUCGCGCGGCUGAACCUCAAUGAAGUAGAAAAGCAAUGGCAGCUCAACCAGCUCAACAACGCCGCCACCACCCUGGUCUUCAUCACUGUCAUCAUCAACGUCUUCAUUACAGCCUUCGGGGCACAGAAGACAGGCUUCCUGGCCGCCAGGACCUCAAGGAAUCCCCUCUGAACACAGCCUGGGACCCAGGUCCUGGGUCUGGAACUGCUUCCACCUUUCCUCCCUGAUCUGUUAGGCUGAUGGGCACUUUCCACAGCCCCUGGGAGAGUUCCAAAAAGGGCUGUGUAGAUGCCCUUGAUCCCUACCCACAGCAUCUGAAAUAAGAUGUACUAUUUUACUGGUCUAAGUGAAUCCCAUCUUGGUCUGGAGUCCUGAACUCAGACUGGGGUACUGCCAGUCUUUCUAGUAGCAUCUCCAGAAUCUAAGACAUGUCUAUCUAAGGUCAAGCCCGCCCAGCUUCAGGACUCUGGUUCUUACUCCACCUCAUUCCUUCCCCUCUGCCCCAUCCAUUUCCUCUGCUCCAGGCCUCAGUUUUCCCUUUCUGUAAAAUGGAAUGAUUUCUAUCUAUAAA